AUGCCAAAGAGAUCUGUGGAGAAUCUCAGGCUAGAAGGCGAAUUGUACAGGCCUGUUGCUCACAGGAUUCGUGAUCCAUUAGCGACUGGCGCAAUUUUUCGAGCAUCGCCCGAGGCCCUGCGAUCGCCGGUACCGAGGCUGCUUCCAUCUGCAUCUGCAUCAGAGCGGCAAUUUCAUUCUCCUCUGAGCAAAGCUCAAGACCAGAAGCUGCUUCAAGUAACUACAAGGUUCGAUGAACUGUACAGCAAGAGUCCGACCCCCAAGGUCCUCCUUUCAAGAUUGUCGGGUCUUGGACCUCAAAGGGACGAGAACAGCACGUUGAGUCCGAGCAUCUCAAGGGAGAAGGAGAUUUCCCGCAUUGUUUCGCCCAGAGAAGUCGAGAGGCUCAAAAUGGACAGCUCGGGCUUUUCGACUCCUCGCAGCCGAAACAAUACUUCAAGGGUUCUGACGCCAACCUCGGCUCAAUCUCCUUCCAUGAUGUCAGAAGACAUGGAAAUCAUAGACGAUAGCACUGAAAGGACUCCCGGAGACAUUGAGUUCUUCAGUGUGCAGAAAGAAUCGAACUCGAGGCAUGGUAACAAACAAGAUUGGAUCACUCCGAAUGCAGAAGGUCAUGGGGGAGGCCAGAUUACGCGAGAAAAUGUCAAGGUCUUGAAGAAUUGGAUUGUUCGGCUCAAAACAAACUCGAAAGGAGAGACGGGAGUGAUAGUGGAAGGAUUCCUCGCUGAGUCUUCGACGGGAAUCGCCAACGUCUCUGACAGAUCGUUGCAGUGGCGGACAACAUUCAUUCAUAAACGAGAGUCAGCUCUCCGACUCCGAACAAGCAGUGGGACUGUAUACAAACUGCAGGGAGCGAUGGCGAAAGAGGCAGCUUCGUCGGAUAACGACCUCCCACCUGAGAUCCUGAAGGAAUUCAAAAACGGAUUUCCCAAGAAAUGGAAGGAGCUGGUCAGGCAGGCUGAAGUCAUCAUAGCGCUCAACUCUUUGCCGAAAACCCCAAUAACUGAAGCCGAGAAGGAAGCGUUGUCUAAGAAGGGAUCGGGUGCGUCGAAGGAUCAAACUCCGCGCAGCAAGACUGGCGCCAAGUCGGAGCAGAAGCAGGAGAUGAAAGUGCAGAGCGUCUCUGAUCUCAAGUUGUCACGUAGCGGGAGGAAGCUUCAACCUCCCCGGGCCUACUGGCGUCAGGAGAUUCCUGUGUAUGAAACGAGUGGAGCAGAGAGAAACCUUGUUGCGGUCCUUCAAGGGUUUGAGGAGACUGUCUCCGUCAGGCCCAAAUCUCCUGGCUCCAGUCGCAAGAGAACGCGUUCUGCUGUAAAUGCGCAAGCCUCGAAGAAGGACUCAGCGAAGUCGACGAAGAGCGCAAAGCAGAAAAUGGGCGUGAAAGGAGGAAUAAGCAAAUCGCAGGGGAAGGUUGGAAGAAAGGAUAAGGUGAUCAAAACGUCGAAAGCUGAUGCUGCAAAGAAGAACUCAACUUCUAGGAGAUCUCAAACCAAGCAAAGCAGAGCCGAGGGGGGCUCGAAGGAUGAAUCAAAAUCAAAAUCAAAAUCAAAAUCAAAAUCAAAAUCAAAAUCAAAUGAUGAAACGGACACGCAGUCAUUGCAGGAUGAUGAUGAAAUCGACUUGGCGGAGAUUGAGGCUCUUCUAGCUGCUGACACGCAAAGACGUGCAGGCGGCGAGGAAGCAGACGGCAAUGGGAACGAGUUGGAUGGGACGGAAGAGGAUGCUUGGGACGAAGAAAGCAAGGAGGCUCUCAAGGUAGCCUAUCAACAGGUCAAACCUGAUGCAGUGGACUUCUGGGAUGAAGUGGCAAAACUUGUCCCAGGGAAGACAGCACAAGAGUGCUGCAACCAAUACAACCAAGCGUUUCCCACUCCUAAUGUGCUGAAAAAAAGUAAGGUCACUCGAAAGCGCGCAAGCUCCUCGCUGGAGAAGGAAGAAGGUGGAGCAGUGGGCGAGGGCGAGGGUCAGGGCGAGGGCGAAGGCGAGGGCGAGGGCGAGAAGGAGCAAGAGGAGGUCGAUGGUCUUGUCCUCAAGGGGAACAAGGGCACCAACCAGCGCAAGCGAGAGCUGCGCAGCCUCUUGACCGAGGCGGACAAGGAGCAUGACGAUGACAUCUUCGACUCGACCCCCUUCAAGAGCACGCCCUUCCGACAGCUCAAGAAAGCUGCCACUCUGUGGGCUCCCUCGGACGGCAUCGGCGCCCCAUCGCCCCUUGCUCCUCCCUCUGUACGAAACACCGUAAGGAGCAGCAGUCUUCCCAACGGAAUGAGCCCAGGAGUUCUUCGAACGCCAGGGAUUGAAGGGAGGAACGGAAUGGAUGCGUACAUAGACAGGACGAGGGUGAGAGCGAGGACAAGGAACGCUUCCGCACGACCAGCAGCAGCAGCCUCAACCAAAGUUGCCUCUCCUACUGAUGGUCGGAAGCCUUUCAUCAGCAGCAAGCAGGCGACGAGGCUGCUGGCAGCUGUAAAAGAGGCGACCACCGACGAGCGAAGAGAUUCGGACGAGGAGAGUGUAGCUUCGGAAGACUUGCACUAG